CAGCUGUACUAAAAAUUAGACAUUUCAAAAUAGUGAAAAAGCGUCCCCCACGGUUUCUACCACUGACUUCCUUAAAAUGUUUAGUAUGACUGGGGCCUGUAGGUGCUCGAGGGUUGUGACUGCGUUGGAAGAGCCUGAUUUUGACAACUGCCGACAGCAAUACUAAUUUGAACAAUGUGGAAAGUGACUCAAUUCCCACUUUCGUCUGAAUAUGGCUAUAUCAAAACUGAUCAGGUGUUUCUUGGUUGGAAACAGAUUCUUGCAUACUGCAAUGGCUCACUGAAAGACCUCGUGUCAGGUGCGACAAGCUGUUGCCAAAGAAGUUUCACAUCAAGCAUCGAAAUAUUCAAGGGAUCGCUUGAUGACUGCAGUUUGUCGAGGGAUUACUGUGCUUUCGUGGAGCUUGCACGAUGUCGAAUAAUUGGGUUAUAUGACAAAUCCGUUGUUGAUGUCCCCAUUAGUAACGUCCAACAGGUUUCGAUGUUGGAACGCGAUCGUGUCGCUCUGCGAACUCAGACUGAUGUCGCAAUCUACGAUCUAAAGGCCAAGUCUAUGAUUAAGUCGUGGCCUUUACGUUGUUCCCAAAUUUCAGCUGGAUUCGACCACCUGCUAGCACUAACCAGCGACGGAGCUGUAUACUGCUGGGGAGAUGGUUUUCGAGGUCAACAGGGAUCGGGUGAAUUGGUCUCAUCGGAAGACCUUGUUCCUGUAGAGGCGCUUGAGGAGGUGAACAUUGUCGAAGUUGCUGCUGGGGGUUGGCAUUGUUCCGCCCUUUCACAGCGCGGUUUUAUGUACCAGUGGGGAUGGAAUCAGCAUAACCAGAUAGACGGGCCUUUAGAAAAAGACCACCGUUUAAUACGAAGCGGCGGAAAGCAAACUGUCAUUGCGUCUCCUACGCUCCAGAACACAGGUGAUCAGCGAGUCAUCGCUGUGGCAUGCGGAAGUCGGCAUUCAGUAGCACUGGAUAAAUGCGGACGCAUUCUAACCUGGGGGUGGAACGAGUAUGGCCAAUGUGACUUAAACAACCUUCCGUUACAAAAAGCAUCCACAGAAAAAAAUAUUUCAACAGACAAUGACAAGACGUCUAGCUUCAGCGAUGACGGGACAAAUGUUGGUGUCUGCGGAGAUCAAAGUCGUAUGGAAAGGCGACGUGAAACUAAGUUUGUAUGCAACAAUGAUACAGAAAGGAACGAAAAUGUUCGCAAAGCCAAGCGCAUCCGGGCCGCAUUCUGGACAACGGCCGUUCAGUACUAAGAAUUGCAAUAAAACUAGUAAUGGAGGAUAUAGCAUAUUGAGUGCAAUAAUUUGGGUGCAGAUAUGCAUCGUAAUAAUGAACAUAUUCGUUGAAACUUCUGUAAACGUAAGACUCAGUACUUAACCUUUUUCUUAACCUAACCAGAUUCCGAUAUUCGCAUAACCUGUGAGGCAUGACAUGUUAAUAAUUGUAAAUAACGUUUUUGUUUCACGAUACGAUUAGGGGACAAUUAUUUAAAAUGAAUGAAGACGAUUGUUCAUUGAUGAUUACUCAGGAUCUUUAGCAGCUGUGAACUAUUGUCUGCGGCAUCUAAUUGUUGCUAUAUCAAUUUUUCCAUAGAAAGUUGAAGAUAAAAUAAAAACAUUCAAUUUCACAGUUACUUUUUUCAUACGAAAAAGGUGCAAUGCCUUUAGGCGUCCUCCAAAUAGAAAAUCUGGAAAAGUUUUAUUUUCUAUUUGGAGUUUUGAUUACAAGCGCUCUCCGCUUUGUAAAGCUUAGACUAUUGGUCUGCCUUACUACCCACUAAGCCUCGUAAACUAAAUAGGCUUUUUGUACAAGGUUAGCGAAAAAUUAUGUGCCUAUGAUUAUACAAACUUCACACUUUAUCACCAAGUCUUGGUAUAUAUUUAAUAUUAUUUCAAACAACAUGGUAUCUAAACUAUUUGAAGGCUUCUUUAUAUUACUGGAGGAGCGCAUUGUAUUCUUACAGUUGACUCUCACGUGUGAAUUUUUAAAUAAACGCGUGGUUUUUAUUAUUCUGAAGAUCCAAGUUACUGAUCUUAAAACUUCACUAUUACGACCAGGUAUUACAUAGUGUGCUAUAAAAGCUAGCAUCCUUGUUAAUAAAUGCGGACCUUAUCUAUCAUACUUACUACGGAAACAUUAAACAUUGCUUAUAAUAAGAACUUUCAUGGCCAUGUUUAGAAAGCGAAAGCUGAUGCCACGCAUUAGCCUAAAUUUUAUGUUGAAGAAGUACUUUUGCAAACGAAUUUGGCCACGUUUUUUUUUUUCUUUUGAGAUACCAUAAAUUUAUUCAGCAGGACCAAUUUAGAUUAUAGAGUCAGGCGCAACAAAUUGUCCGGAAGUGAGCUCCUCAAUAGAAUACUUUAGUAAAAUCAUUUUAAAAUUCAUUUAAGAGGCACCACUUGUGUUAAACCAGCAUUGUAGCGAUGCUGCCUUUGCGUCAAAGGAUCUGUAAUUAACUUUUUAGAAAACGAGACAAACAGUGAGGUAAGACCCGUGACAUACGAUAUUACAAUAACUAAGAAUAUUAGCUACUUCGUAGUACAGAGUGUAAAAUAUUGUAAUAAUAUCUUUAAGUAUGUCAAAAACCAAUUUUUAACUUGUUUAACUUUACCAAGAUAUGCU